AUGAAAGUAUAAAACAUGUAUCAAAUAAAUGCUUGUGGAGCCCUUCGAAAUUUAUCUUACGGUAGACAAAAUGAUGAAAACAAGCGUGGAAUUAAAAAUUCUGGCGGAAUAGAAGCGUUGGUUCAUUUACUUUGUCGUUCUCAAGAGACAGAAGUAAAAGAAUUGGUAACUGGAGUUUUAUGGAAUAUGUCUUCUUGUGAAGAUAUCAAGCGGUCAAUUAUUGAUGAAGCACUAGCUGCAAUAGUCUGCAACGUUAUAAAACCUCAUUCCGGAUGGGAUCCCGUUUGUUGUGGUGACACUUGUUUUUCUACAGUAUUUCGAAAUGCUUCGGGAGUGCUGCGAAACGUCAGUUCAGCUGGAGAACAUGCAAGAGGAUGUCUUCGCAAUUGCGAGCAUUUAGUGGAAUGUCUUCUCUACGUAGUUCGAGCUGCAAUAGAGAAAAACAAUAUUGGAAACAAAACUGUAGAAAAUUGCGUGUGUAUACUUCGUAAUCUUUCGUAUAGAUGUCAGGAAGUGGAAGAUCCCAACUAUGAUAAGCAUCCCUUCAUAACGCAAGAUAGGGCUAUCCCAUCUUCGUCAAAAGGAGAAAAUUUAGGAUGCUUUGGAACAAGUAAAAAAAAGAAGGAAGUGUCUGCUACUGAAGCUCUUCAGGACUAUAGCAUAUCCACAGAGUAUUCUAAAAGUUCAGUAACUAAUAGCCAGAUGAAUAAGGGCUACGAACAAUUAUGGCAACCGGAAGUAGUUCAAUAUUACUUAUCAUUAUUGCAAAGUUGUUCUAAUCCAGAAACACUUGAAGCAUGUUAUUGGCAACCCAGCAUUGAUAUUCGUGCAACAGUGCGUAAAGAAAAAGGUCUACCUAUUCUAGUAGAGCUCCUUCGGAUGGAAGUGGAUCGCGUAGUCUGUGCAGUUGCUACUGCCCUACGCAAUCUAGCUAUUGAUCAGCGAAAUAAAGAACUAAUUGGAAAGUACGCUAUGCGCGAUUUAGUCCAAAAACUUCCAUCUGGAAAUGUACAGCAUGACCAAAACACAUCGGAUGAUACAAUAACAGCUGUAUUGGCUACAAUUAAUGAGGUCAUAAAAAAGAAUCCAGAAUUUUCUCGUUCACUUUUAGAUGCAGGUGGUAUAGACCGGCUUAUGAAUAUAUCGAGACGAAAAGAAAAAUAUACUUCUUGUGUAAUAAAGUUUGCUAGUCAAGUUUUGUAUACGAUGUGGCAACAUCACGAACUGCGAGACGUCUACAAAAAAAACGGUUGGAAAGAGCAAGAUUUCAUUAGUAAAAAUUUCACUGCGCACAGCACUCCACCAAGUUCACCAAACAAUGCCAAUAACACCCUUAACCGACCAAUGGCAUCUCAGGGACGUACGCGCUAUGAAGACAGAACAAUUCAGCGUGCACCUAGUUCUUCGUAUAGGAAUAAUGACUCUAGUGGAGCUGUUAUGUCGAAUAAUGAAUCAGCCUUGCUUUCGGAAAUGGUUAGAAAACAAUUAUAGAAUGUAUAUUUGUUCGUUAAUUAUUUAAUUAGUAUUAGAUACACGUGAAGUAUUUAAAUCUUAAAUUAUUCUUAAAAUAUACAGCGUUUCUUUUACAUUUACAUAUAAGUUUUUACAGCAUAUGCCAAUACAUAUUGUAAAGGAUUAUAUUCAUUAAACAUCUGGUACGCUAAUCUGAUUACUUAAUAAAUACACUAAGAUAUA